AUGCCGUUGAAGCGACCAACGGACCCCACGACAUGUUGGCAUAUUGAACUAUUCCCAUAUUCGGAUGAUGCUACAGCCAAGAUCGCCCUUAAAGUUCAGUCAGCCGAGCUCACGAUUGGAGGCUGCGGUGUGCCCCUCUCUCCGCCGGGGUUCAGCCUUGACGGGACCGGACUGCGAUCGCCGACCAGCCGAGGCCGGGGUCUCGACGAUUACUGA